UAACAACAACUCCCUGCCGUCCACAGCUCCUGCUCCUGCAGCCGAAGGACCCUGCGCUGACUUCUGUGAGGAUUUAACUUGCGAGAAAGGACAAGCGGGCCUCCCUCGUCGGAAGAUUUCAGAAAAAAAUAAAAAUAAAAGAAGGGACAUUUGUUCUCGCGUGUGUCCGCAGCGCCGUCUGAACACUUUGAGCGUGGCUGACGUUAACCCGUUAGCGGCGAGACACGGGAGCUGCCACGAAUAGAUCCAGUAUCCACGACCCCCGUGGCCGGCCGGCCGACCGAGCGACCGACCGACCGACCGGGACAGGACCUCGUGUUUCCCCCUGGCAGAGGACUCGUAUCUUUUCACCCUCCUCCUCCUCCUCCUCGUCUCCUUCUUCUUCUUCUCCUUUCUCCUCCUCUUCUUCUUCUUCUUCUUCUUCUUUUUCUUACUCUGGCUACUAAACUCCCGUGGCUGCUUAUACAUUACACGAAGUGGAUUGCUACAAACUGAAGACGGGACUGGACGCCGUGGUUCAGAGGAGCGGAGAGAAAUGCCAACGGCGGUGACAAAGAGGAGAUUCAGUGUUAGUCUUUGAUCCUGUCAGAGUGGGACGUGUCUAGCGGGGGACCGAGGAGGAAGCGGUGCCAACUUGGAACAUGGUGCCUGAUACUCACCUGGCAGGGCCCCUCCCGCCCAGAGGGGCGUUGCUGUUCCUGCUUUUACUCAGCUGCGUGGUGUUCUCCUCUCUGGCAGACAGCGGGCCAAGUUUUGUCAAAUCCCCCGAGGACCAGACGGGCAUCUCAGGCGGAGUCGCGUCGUUUGUGUGCCAGGCCACCGGGGAGCCCAAACCCAGAAUCACCUGGAUGAAGAAAGGCAAGAAAGUCAGCUCCCAGCGCUUCGAGGUGAUUGAAUUCGAUGACGGCUCGGGCUCCGUGCUGCGGAUCCAGCCGCUGCGCACGCACAGAGACGAAGCCAUUUACGAGUGCACAGCCACUAACAGCGUUGGCGAGAUCAACACCAGUGCCAAGCUCACAGUGCUUGAAGAGAACCAGAUCCCCCACGGCUUCCCCUCCAUUGAUAUGGGCCCCCAGCUGAAGGUGGUUGAAAGGACCAGAACCGCCACGAUGCUGUGUGCCGCCAGCGGAAACCCUGACCCAGAAAUCUCCUGGUUCAAGGACAUGCUUCCUGUGGACAUCAGCAGCAGCAACGGGCGCAUCAAACAGCUCCGCUCAGGUGGUACACCAAUUAGAGGAGCUCUGCAAAUUGAGAACAGCGAGGAGGCGGACCAGGGGAAAUACGAAUGCGUUGCCAUGAACAGUGCUGGGACCCGUUACUCUGCGCCUGCCAAUCUCUACGUACGAGUGCGGAGGGUCCCGCCCAGGUUCUCCAUCCCGCCCACCAACCAGGAGGUGAUGCCGGGCGGCAGCGUCAACCUGACGUGCGUGGCGGUGGGCUCGCCGAUGCCCUUCGUCAAGUGGACCACGGGCCAGGUGGAGCUGACCAAGGAGGAGGACAUGCCGAUGGGACGCAACGUGCUGGAGGUCACCAACAUACGCGAAUCCGCCAACUACACCUGCGUGGCGAUGUCUUCUCUGGGCGUGAUCGAAGCCACCGCUCAGGUUACUGUCAAAGCCUUACCAAAACCUCCCACCUCGCUGAUUGUGACUGAGACCACUGCCACAAGCGUGACUCUCACGUGGGAUUCUGGAAACCCAGAGCCCGUCUCCUACUACAUGAUCCAGUACCGAGCCAAGUCCUCGGACGUGGGCUUCCAGGAAGUGGAAGGGGUGGCGACCACCCGCUACAGCAUCGGCGGCCUCAGCCCGUACUCCGAGUACGAGUUCCGCGUCAUGGCCGUCAACAACAUUGGCCGCGGGCCUCCCAGCGACUCCGUGGAGACGCGCACCGGCGAGCAGGCCCCCUCCUCGCCGCCCCUGCACGUGCAGGCGCGCAUGCUGAGCGCCAGCACGAUGCUGGUACAGUGGGCGCCGCCCGACGAACCCAACGGGCAGAUUAGGGGCUACCGUGUCUACUACAGCUCCGACAUGACGGCUCCUCUCAGCGCCUGGCAGAAACACAACACCGACGACAGCAGCCUCACGACCAUCUCGGGCCUGACUCCCGACAUCACCUACAGCCUCAGGGUGCUGGGCUUCACCUCGGUGGGAGACGGGCCACCUUCCGACAUCCUGCAAGUCAAAACUCAGCAGGGAGUCCCUGCACAGCCGUCCAGCUUCGAGGCCGAAGCCGAGCUGGACACCCGUAUCGUGCUCACGUGGCUGUGGCCCGUGCAGGACCCCAUCACCAAGUACGAGCUGCAGUACUGGGAGGCCGGCUCAGAUAACAAGAAACACGUGAGCUUCGACCCAGCGGGCUCCCACAGCGUGGAUGGUUUAAAGCCUGACACCUUGUACCGUUUCUCCCUGGCAGCCCGCUCUGAAAUGGGUUUGGGUGUCUACACCCAGCCCAUCGAGGCCCGCACCGCCCAGUCCACCCCGUCCGCCCCCCCUCAGGAGGUACACCUUGUCAGCCUGACCUCCACCAGCCUCAAGGUGAGUUGGGUGGCACCACCUGCUGCUAGCCGCCACGGCGCCAUUGUGCGCUACUCAAUCCGCUACCAGGCCCUGGCCGGAGAGGACACGGAGCAGCAUGAGGUGACGGGCAUCGGUGCGGACGCCACCAGCUAUUUGCUGGAGGACCUGGAGAAGUGGACAGAGUAUCAGGUGUGGGUGAGGGCGCACACUGAUGUGGGCCCGGGCCCCGAGUGUGCCCCGGUGAGGAUGAGAACCAAAGAGGAUGUGCCGGGAGCGCCCCCCAGGAAGCUGGAGGUCGAGGCCAUAAAUUCCACAGCCAUCCGAGUCACCUGGAAGCCGCCGCUGCAGGGAAAGCAGCACGGGCAGAUCCGCGGCUACCAAGUCAUCUACUCGCGGCUUGAGAACGGCGAACCUCGAGGCCAGCCCAACAUCAUGGACAUCGCUCUGCCAGAGGCGCAGUGGAAUAUUGAGGAGUCCACCGAGCAUGAGGCCGUCAUUAGCGGGCUGCAGUCUGAGACCACCUACUCUGUCACCGUGGCAGCGUACACGACGAAAGGGGACGGAGCUCGUAGCAAAGCUAAAGUCAUCACCACAACCGGAGCAGUACCAGGCAAGCCCACGAUGAUGAUCAGCACCACCAUGGGCAACACAGCACUGAUCCAGUGGCAGCCUCCUAAGGAAAUGGUGGGCGAGCUCAUGGGCUACCAGCUGCAGUACAAGCGCACCGACGAGGAGACCUACACGUCCCGCGAGCUGAAGAAGACAGACGACCACUUCACCGCCACUGGCCUGCACAAAGGAGCCACGUACAUCUUCCGCCUCAGCGCCAGCAACCGCGCCGGCUACGGCGAGGCCUACGUGAAGGAGAUCAGCACGCCGGAAGACGUGCCCUCGGGCUUCCCCUUCAACCUCCAGGUGACGGGACUCACCCAGUCCAGCACCCAGCUCACCUGGGAGCCCCCGCUGCUGGCGGAAAGGAACGGAAAGAUCGUACACUACGUGGUGGUGUACAGGGACAUCAACAGUCAGCAAAACAGCACCAACCGCACGUCGGACACGCACAUGACCAUCCAGGGCCUUAAUCCCGACACCACGUACGACAUCCGGGUGCAGGCGUUCACGAGCAAGGGCGGGGGACCCCUCAGCCCCAGCAUCCAGAGCAGGACCAUGUCGAACGAUUUUCCCACCCUGAACUUCGGUGUCAAGUCUGUCAUGAAGACGUCCGUCCUGCUCACCUGGGAUUUACCUCCAAACUACAAAUCCCAAGCACAUUUCAAGAUCUUGUACAACCAGCAAAGCGUGGAAGUGCUCGGAAACCUGAAGAGGAAGCUGAUCACGCAGCUGCAGCCGGACACAGACUACUCUUUUGUACUGACAAGCAGGGGCAACAUUGCCGGAGGUCUGCAGCAGCAGGUGUCCAUCCGCACCGCCCCCGACCUCAUCAAGACCAAACCCAGCACACAUCUGGCUCAAGGUGGCAAGAUGACGGUCAACCUUCCCAAGGUCCAGGCCACCACACGAGUCAGGUGGUACUACAUCGUGGUGGUGCCGGUGUCCCAGUCGACGAGGCAGUGGAAGAAUCCAGACGAGAUGGACCUGGACGAGUUGCUCAAAUCAAUUGAAGGUCCGGUCCUGAGGCGCAGGCGUCACUUGGAUUCCUCAAAGCCCUAUGUCGCUGCCAAGUUGGCGUCACUUCCAGACACCUUCACGCUGGGCGACGAGAAGCGGUACAAUGGCUUCUACAACAAACCCCUGAGCAGCCCGCAGGAGUACCUCUGCUUUGUCCUGGCCGUACUUCGAAAUGAGGAAACAGACAACACCGCUAAUUAUAUGACAUUUUCAGCCAGUCCCUACUCGGACCCGAUCCAGGUCACGGCGAGCUUGGCUCAGGGGAUGGAGCAACCUGAAAUGCUGUGGGUCAUGGGCCCGGUGUUGGCCGUGGUCCUCAUCAUCAUCAUCGUCAUCGCCAUCCUGCUCUUUAAGAACAAACAGGAAAGGAAGCGUGCAUCUCCCUUACCCAAAGAUGAGCACUCGGGCGGGGUGAAGGACUCCCUGCUGGCCAACUCUUCAGACCCCGUGGAGAUGAGGAGACUCAACUACCAGACCCCAGGUCCCAGCUCUCAUCGCUGCCCCAACACUCCAAGAAUGAGGGAGCAUCCGCCUAUUCCUGUUGUUGACCUGGCCGACCACAUAGAGCGACUCAAGGCCAAUGACGGCCUCCGAUUCUCCCAGGAGUACGAGUCCAUCGAUCCUGGGCAGCAGUUUACCUGGGAAAACUCCAACAUGGAAGUCAACAAGCCAAAGAACCGCUAUGCAAACGUCAUCGCCUACGACCACUCCAGAGUGGUGCUGACCUCCGUUGACGCCGUUCCAGGCAGCGACUACAUCAAUGCCAACUACAUCGACGGCUACAGGAAGCAGAAUGCCUACAUCGCCACUCAGGGGCCUCUGCCGGAGACGCUGAGCGACUUCUGGAGGAUGGUGUGGGAGCAGAGGUCCAGCACCAUCGUCAUGAUGACCAGACUGGAGGAGAAGUCGCGGGUGAAGUGUGACCAGUAUUGGCCGUCACGAGGAACAGAGACCUACGGGAUGAUCCAGGUCACCAUGUUGGACACUGUGGAGUUGGCCACUUACAGCGUCCGCACUUUCGCCCUCUAUAAGAACGGCUCCAGCGAGAAGCGAGAGGUGAGACAGUUCCAGUUCAUGGCCUGGCCGGACCACGGCGUGCCCGAGUAUCCCACGCCCAUCUUGGCUUUCCUACGACGGGUGAAGGCCUGUAACCCUCCAGACGCAGGGCCCAUGGUGGUCCACUGCAGUGCGGGCGUGGGAAGGACCGGCUGCUUCAUCGUGAUCGACGCCAUGCUGGAGCGCAUGAAGCACGAAAAGUCCGUGGACAUCUACGGCCACGUGACGUGCAUGCGCGCCCAGAGGAACUACAUGGUCCAGACCGAGGACCAGUACAUCUUCAUCCACGAGGCCCUGCUGGAGGCCGCCACGUGCGGCAACACCGAGGUCCCGGCGCGCAACCUGUACGCCCACAUCCAGAAGCUCACCCAGCCCCCCUCCGGCGAGACCGUCACCGCUAUGGAGCUGGAGUUCAAGAGGCUGGCCAACUCCAAAGCCCACACGUCACGGUUCAUCAGCGCAAACUUGCCCUGCAACAAGUUCAAGAACCGCCUGGUGAACAUCAUGCCUUUCGAGUCCACGCGAGUCUGCCUGCAGCCCAUCCGCGGCGUCGAGGGCUCCGACUACAUCAACGCCAGCUGCAUCGACGGCUACAGACAGCAGAAAGCCUACCUGGCCACACAGGGUCCCCUGGCCGAGACCACUGAAGACUUCUGGAGGAUGCUGUGGGAACACAACUCCACCAUUGUCGUCAUGCUCACCAAGCUACGAGAGAUGGGACGGGAGAAGUGCCAUCAGUACUGGCCAGCAGAGCGUUCAGCCAGGUACCAGUACUUUGUGGUGGAUCCAAUGGCUGAGUACAACAUGCCUCAGUACAUCCUGAGAGAGUUCAAAGUCACAGAUGCCAGGGAUGGACAGUCCAGAACAAUCCGCCAGUUCCAGUUCACUGACUGGCCCGAGCAAGGAGUGCCAAAAACCGGAGAGGGCUUCAUCGAUUUCAUCGGACAAGUGCACAAAACCAAGGAGCAGUUCGGGCAGGACGGACCAAUCACUGUACACUGCAGUGCCGGGGUUGGCAGGACCGGAGUCUUCAUCACCCUCAGCAUCGUGCUGGAGAGGAUGAGGUACGAAGGCGUGGUCGACCUCUUCCAGACAGUGAAGACGCUUCGCACCCAGCGGCCUGCCAUGGUGCAGACCGAGGACCAGUACCAGUUGUGCUACAGGGCAGCAUUGGAGUACCUGGGGAGCUUUGACCACUAUGCAACGUAACCACUCCCACCGAGCAGCUUCCCUGGUCAAACCUCUCAGGAGUGUGUGCCAAGUGUCCCAUCUCAGCCGCCAUCCACUCACUUGACUCCCCCUUAAAAAAACCCCGAUCCCCUCGCAGCUACCGGAGGGGUGGAGAGCGGGACGAGACCCGCUGACGGUUUUAACCAAUCACAGAGAUAAACGAGUUAACCAACCACCUGAGAUUUUUUUUUUUCUUUUUUUGUUUUUUUUUUUUUUUGCUUUAAAAACAAUGCCGGAAACAUUACAGUGACUGUGACAAACAUGACAACUCUUGUACAGAUGCGACAGAGCAGACCGGCAGCUCGCCCCUCUGCUCUGUCGAAGCCAAACCUCCCUGAUUGUCAAAGGCUACUGGUAGCACUAAGAGAGAAUUCUCUUUUCUUUUCUUUUUUUUUAUCGUCGAUAUUAUGAAUCAUUACGUCAAAUGUUAUUGUUUAGUAUACUUUGUUGUUUUUAAUAAUCAUUUUAAUUUUUUAUUUUUUUUUUGUCUUACACAGCCCAGGCUUUGGGCGCGCAUUAUUUUCAUAAUCAGUUUUAAGGUACUUUAACUCAAGGGACAUGUAUUUUCAUCAUGUUCCUAGAUACUAAUACAGGAGGACCACUGUUCUCUGAGCUGCUGUCGGAUUUAGUUCGUCUCACGACGUUUUUCGUUUUUAAGUGUCAUAAACAUUGUUUCUGGUGGUUCUCAGUUCAAUAAAAAAAAAACUUGCCUUUUUUUCCACUUAGCAUUUCAGACACACACAAAGAGAAUCAACUUUGAGAACAUUGAUUUAAAAAGCACAGACUUGCUGUGGUUGUCCUUCUGUAAAACAUGGUAGCUAGCUGAAAGAAUGACCUAACGACACUAAAUCAGAGGUGUACAGAAACACGGUGUAAAGAAAGCACAUUAUUUGUAUGUUUUUUGGGGGGGGGAUUUUUGCGUGUGUUCCUUUUUCUUUCUUUCUUUUUUUUUUUUGUUUUAAUUUGUUUUUCAUCAGAAGCCUACGGCAUUGAGGCCUUCAUGCUCCACAGCGGAGAACUUACCUGAGGAAAACUGACUUUUAUACCCAAAGGGUAGGCGACGGAAAAUAAACUCUUGAUCUCUGAAUAUAGAUGCUCUUCAAGUCCCUCCCAUCUCCACGCUCGCCUCUGGCAUGGUCGAUUUUUUUUUUUUUUUUUUUUUUUUUUUGCUGGAGUGGAACCACGCGGGCCGAUAAAGGAGCGGGAAGUGGUUCACGUGGGCUGAGGAGCAGAGCCAUCGACGUCAGUACCUGUACAGAAUCAACCAUUCCUACCAGAGGGACAAAGACUCGGCCCUUUGGACUGAAACCUGAUAUUAUUUUAUACAGAAAUAGAACUAUAAAUAUAUAUAUAUAUAUAUAUAAUUAUGAUUGAUUAUAUAUAUGUACAAUUACACAUAGAUAUAUACACAGCUUCAAAAGUAUAUUGUUAAAAAGGAAUAAUUCUGCUGAUCUACCUAGAGACACUGCAGAGAGCCUGCUGUCCUAGAGUGUGUAUUAAUGGAAACACCGUUGUAUCUACUGUACUACCAUAGUAACUUCGACAGCUGGUUGUCCGUCCAACCGAGGAAAAAACAGCACAACCCCCACCCCCACACCCACCUCCCCACCCAUCCAAAUGGACGACUCUUCACUCAGCACGAGCCAUCGCACCACUCAAGCACACAUCUUCUCCCACCCGAACCGCAGGAGGAGAGCGUCUGAUCUGAAAGGCCUACGCAGCAGCAGCAGCAGUGGUGGUGGUGGUAGUAGUAGUGGUGGCGGCAGUGGUGGCAGUGGCAGGUAGGGGGGACUUGAAAAUGUGGCAAAAAAAAAAAAAAAUAACGAAAAUGUUCAUUUUUACCUUGUGAAUGCUUAGUGCUGUAGGGGUUCGAUCUGUUGUACACACAGUCUGUUUUCUAUUUGUUGAUAAUAAACUGGAAUUUAAAAAGAACCUGUUGACGAAAAGAAAAAAACAUUGAUGUUAAUAAAGUUAAAUAAUUGGGUUUUUGUACAAAGA